UGUCAGUUUUGACGGCAAACAUGUCGAUAGACAUCAACUGGGACACCCUCACGACAGGUCCCGACGGCGAGGCGCUGGCAGAAAGUAUCAGAGCCUUCAUCCAUGAUCGCUUCCAGAAGAUCGCGCUUCCGCGUAUGAUACGCUCCGUCAAAUGUCACGCUUUUGAAUUCGGGAAUGUCGCCCCGACUAUUGAACUCAAGGACGUCUGCGAUCCUCUACCUGACUUUUACGAGAAUGAUGCAGAUGACAGUCAAGAAGAUAACGAGACUCCCGGUCAAUUGGAUGGAGACCAGCACAACGUUGCAACUCCUAGAGUCUACGAAACGCGUCCUCAGUAUCAGCACAAUGCGUCACUAAGCCGCGACGAAUUUCACAACCCUCGAUCGACAAAUUCUCGAGAGUAUAUGGGGAACCCGAUUCUAUCCAGAACAGCUACGCCAGGAAUCUUAGGAGGAACGUCGAACCUGGGCUAUUUUCACUUGCCUCUAUCGGCAGGUCUCUCAGGCACUACGACCCCGUUGGCUGCUGUGGCCGGCGCUCAAUUUCACAACGCGCGACACGGUCCGUCUCAGUUGGCUCAGUCACCAGAAAGUAACUACUCUGACAGCGACACGAGGCACCGCUCAACCUCAUUUGGCUCCCUGACUCCCUCCUCUUCCAAGUCGUCGUCACGGCCCACAUCCAAACACCUUGACUGGCCCGAGGAAGCUCUAGAGCACGAUGACUGCGACUCAGAAACAUCUCACCAUGGCCUUGGGGAGGACCAAGAACGCAGUUCAGAGGACGUUCAGAUGGUCUUUCACGUGGCGUACUGUGGUGAUGUCAAACUAAGAUUGACUGCAGAGAUAUCACUGGAUUAUCCAAUGCCGAGUUUUGUAGGGAUUCCUCUGCAGCUCAACAUUACCGGUCUUACUUUCGACGGUGUUGGCAUAUUGGCUUAUAUCAGGAAAAAGGCACAUUUUUGUUUUCUUUGUCAGGAAGACGCCGAAUCUCUGGUCGGUGGGUCGUUGACAGGCGAGCAUGAAGAGCACAGCACCAGUCGAGAGAUUCCACCGCAGGGCUCACGCAAGCUCGGUGCUCUCUUGGAGGAGAUCAAGGUCGAAAGCGAGAUUGGUCAACGCGAGGGAGGAAAGCAAGUUCUCAAGAAUGUGGGGAAGGUGGAGAAAUUUGUCCUUGAACAGGUGCGUCGCAUCUUUGAUGACGAAUUUGUGUAUCCCAGCUUCUGGACGUUCUUGGUUUGAGAGACAGCUGUCGAUAACGACCUGCGGUAGCAGCAACGGAGCUAAGAGGCGCCGAUCCAUUCUUCAUAUCCUGACACUAUGUAGUUCGAUAUGAUAUCGCGCUCGAUUCCCAAUGCGAAUGACAUAAAUGAAACAAGUCACCUUUCCAAGCCCCUGAUCUUGCUCCUUGACACCGCUUGUUACGAAUGAUUUUGCAAGCACAUAAUCUGCAGGGCCCGACAAAGGCAUCCCACAGCUGUCAAAUACAAGCCUCUCUGUGCGACUGAAUGCGGCCAUCGGUCGAUGUACAGUAGACACGGCUUUUCAGUUACACCACACUUGGUGAUUA